GGCGGGCGGGGCGGGGCGCGCGGCUCCUCGCGGUGCGCGGCGUGGCCGGGCUGUUAGGGACACGGGAGAGCGGAGUCCGCGCCGCCGCGCGCCUCCUCGCACCCCGCCCUGCCCCGCACCCAAGGGCGCCCCGAGACCUGCAUGGGCCCGGCCGGAGCCGGCGUGUCGCGGGACGGCCGCAGCCGCGGCAGGUGAAACCAUUGCCUCAUCUGUUCACGGAAGCAAUAGGCCCAUUGUCUCUGCCCUUUAAGCUGCACCAGCAAUGAAGCAAUGAGAUCUGAGAGCGGAAGACUGUUUGCCAACUGUCAUCACAAUUUCGAGUGAUUGUAUAAGCAAAAACAGGCUGCAGCGGAUCUGUAUGGCAGUUACUGUAGCAAGGGAAAGAAUGCCUUCUUUGGAGGUUGUUUACUUAGAUGCAGUUUCGGCAUAGCACAUUUAAAUUGUAGCUGUAGCAGAUGAAAUAAAAAAUGAGUGAAGUCCCCAGAUUCUUUGUUGGGCCCGAGGAUUCAGAAAUAAACUCUGGAAGUUACCGCCAUUUCUUCCACCACGCAGAUGAAGAUGAGGAGGAGGAAGAUGAGUCUCCUCCAGAAAGGCAGAUUGUGGUUGGAAUAUGUUCCAUGGCAAAGAAAUCCAAAUCCAAGCCAAUGAAGGAAAUUCUUGAACGGAUCUCCUUAUUUAAAUAUAUCACAGUAGUGGUAUUUGAAGAGGAAGUUAUUUUAAAUGAACCAGUGGAAAACUGGCCUUUAUGUGAUUGUCUAAUUUCUUUCCAUUCGAAAGGGUUUCCCUUGGACAAAGCAGUUGCCUAUGCAAAACUCAGGAAUCCAUUUGUAAUCAAUGACUUGGAUAUGCAGUAUCUCAUACAAGAUAGGAGAGAAGUAUAUAGUAUUCUUCAAGCAGAAGGUAUUUUACUUCCUCGUUAUGCGAUUUUGAACCGUGAUCCAAAUAAUCCCAAAGAAUGCAAUCUGAUUGAAGGGGAAGAUCAUGUAGAAGUGAAUGGAGAAGUUUUCCAAAAGCCAUUUGUAGAAAAGCCAGUCAGCGCAGAAGAUCACAAUGUUUACAUUUACUACCCAACCUCUGCUGGUGGUGGAAGUCAGAGGCUUUUUCGAAAGAUUGGCAGUAGAAGUAGUGUUUAUUCUCCAGAAAGUAAUGUACGAAAAACAGGUUCCUAUAUAUAUGAAGAGUUUAUGCCUACAGAUGGUACUGAUGUCAAGGUUUAUACAGUUGGUCCAGAUUAUGCCCAUGCUGAAGCUCGAAAAUCUCCUGCACUUGAUGGUAAGGUCGAGCGGGACAGCGAAGGAAAAGAGGUCAGAUACCCUGUGAUUCUUAAUGCACGGGAGAAAUUAAUUGCUUGGAAAGUUUGCCUUGCUUUUAAGCAAACAGUUUGUGGCUUUGAUUUGUUACGGGCCAAUGGACAAUCCUAUGUCUGUGACGUUAAUGGCUUCAGUUUUGUGAAAAAUUCCAUGAAGUAUUAUGAUGAUUGUGCAAAAAUACUUGGCAACAUUGUGAUGCGAGAGCUUGCCCCACAGUUUCAUAUCCCCUGGUCAAUUCCUUUGGAAGCUGAAGAUAUCCCAAUUGUGCCAACCACAUCAGGAACUAUGAUGGAGCUUAGAUGUGUUAUAGCAGUCAUACGUCAUGGGGAUCGGACACCAAAGCAAAAAAUGAAAAUGGAAGUGAGGCAUCAAAAAUUCUUUGAUCUUUUUGAAAAGUGUGAUGGAUAUAAAUCUGGGAAAUUAAAACUCAAAAAGCCCAAACAGUUACAGGAAGUCCUGGAUAUUGCACGCCAACUUCUUAUGGAGCUUGGACAAAAUAAUGAUUCCGAGAUUGAAGAAAACAAGUCAAAACUUGAACAACUUAAGACUGUGUUAGAGAUGUAUGGUCAUUUUUCUGGAAUAAAUCGUAAAGUCCAGUUAACCUAUCUCCCCCACGGUUGCCCUAAGACAUCCAGUGAAGAGGAGGACAGCCGUCGAGAAGAACCAUCCUUACUAUUGGUGCUGAAGUGGGGGGGCGAGCUGACCCCCGCAGGCCGGGUGCAGGCUGAGGAGCUGGGAAGAGCUUUCAGGUGUAUGUAUCCUGGAGGUCAAGGAGAUUAUGCAGGGUUUCCUGGUUGUGGUUUACUUAGAUUGCACAGCACGUACCGGCAUGACCUUAAAAUCUACGCCUCUGACGAGGGACGUGUCCAGAUGACCGCAGCCGCCUUUGCCAAGGGGCUCCUGGCGCUGGAAGGCGAGCUGACGCCCAUCCUGGUCCAGAUGGUCAAGAGCGCCAACAUGAACGGCCUCCUGGACAGCGACAGCGACUCACUGAGCAGCUGCCAGCAGCGCGUGAAGGCGAGGCUGCACGAGAUCUUGCAGAAGGACAGGGACUUCGGCGCCGAGGACUACGAGAAGCUUACUCCGUCUGGAAGCAUUUCCCUUAUAAAAUCGAUGCAUUUGAUUAAGAAUCCCGUGGAGACCUGUGACAAAGUUUAUUCUCUCAUACAAAGUUUGACAUCUCAGAUCAGACAUCGGAUGGAAGACCCUAAAUCCUCAGAUAUUCAGCUUUACCAUAGUGAAACCUUAGAGCUCAUGCUACGCAGAUGGUCCAAGUUGGAGAAGGAUUUUAAAACAAAAAAUGGAAGAUACGACAUCAGUAAAAUCCCUGAUAUAUAUGAUUGUAUAAAAUACGAUGUUCAACAUAAUAGUUCCUUGAAAUUAGAAAACACAAUGGAAUUGUAUAGGCUUUCCAAAGCCCUGGCAGAUAUUGUUAUUCCUCAGGAAUAUGGUAUAACUAAAGCUGAGAAACUGGAGAUUGCCAAGGGCUACUGUACUCCUCUAGUUAGAAAAAUCCGCUCAGACCUUCAGAGGACACAAGAUGAUGAUACUGUAAAUAAACUCCAUCCUGUGUAUUCCAGAGGUGUUCUCUCUCCCGAACGUCAUGUCCGCACCAGAUUAUACUUCACCAGUGAAAGCCAUGUACAUUCUUUAUUAUCCAUUCUUCGCUAUGGUGCCUUAUGUAAUGAGUCAAAGGAUGAACAGUGGAAACGUGCUAUGGAUUAUUUGAAUGUCGUCAGUGAACUCAACUACAUGACUCAGAUUGUUAUCAUGCUUUAUGAGGAUCCUAACAAGGAUCUUUCAUCUGAGGAGCGCUUCCAUGUUGAACUACACUUUAGUCCCGGAGCCAAAGGAUGCGAAGAAGACAAAAAUUUACCAUCUGGCUAUGGAUACAGACCCGCCUCAAGAGAGAGUGAAGGCAGAAGAUCUGUUAAGACCGAUGAUGAUGAACCACAUUCUUCUAAAAAAGACGAGCCUGACCGAGCUAUGAUAUUAUUCAAACCUCUGGUAUCAGAACCAAUUCAUAUCCAUAGGAAGUCUCCCCUUCCCAGGUCUAGGAAGGUGGCCACGAAUGAAGUAAAUUAUUCAAGUAAAACCUUGAAGACUUUUUCCAGCGUCCACCAUCUCCAGGGAGAUCAGAAGUUUGUACUUCCAAAAGACACACAGAGAAAAAGACUAUUCUCUUCAUUUUGUGAAGAGAGCCCCCUGAGCGUGUCUAGCCCAGAGGGCACUGGUACCUGGCUGCCUUAUACCAGUGGUGUGGGUACUGGGCGUCGGAGACGCAGAUCAGGGGAACAAAUCACUUCUUCCCCUGUCUCCCCCAAAUCAUUGGCUUUCACAUCCAGUAUUUUUGGCUCAUGGCAACAGGUUGUAUCUGAAAAUGCUAAUUAUCUUCGAACACCAAGAACUCUUGUGGAACAGAAGCAGAACCCUACUGUAGAUAAAAACUUGAUGUAUUCUGAUACAAUACAUAACGAUGAAGGGCCUCACUGCGCGAGCCUGUUUAGCAGCUCCGUGCUCGGGGCUUCCUCAAGCGCCCCUAACCUGCAGGACUAUGCUCGCACACAUCGCAAAAAGCUGACCUCUGCUGGCGGCAUGGAUGACGCCACACGCGGUUCUGCUGUUAAAAGGUUUUCUAUCUCAUUUGCUCGACACCCAACCAAUGGUUUUGAAUUAUAUUCCAUGGUACCAUCCAUUUGCCCUCUGGAAACUCUUCACAAUGCCCUGUCCUUAAAGCAGGUGGAUGAAUUUCUUGCUUCCAUUGCCUGUCCAUCGAACGAAGUUCCACGGAAGACUCCUGAAAUUUCCUCUCCAGCAUCACGUAUCAGCCCAGUAAUGCGGAGGAAGGUCUCUUUAAAUACAUACACCCCUGCAAAGGUCCUUCCCACUCCGUCCAGCACAGUAAAGGGCCCUCAGGCCAGCAGCAAACCAGCUACCAGUGGACCUUCCAAUAUAGUUAUUCCUAAUACCUCAGCUCGGAAAAAAAGUUCAAGUAGCAAAGCAGAAGUGCAUGAACACAAAAAAACAACUGUGAAAAAGAAGUGACGUCUUAAUAGAAGAUGAAACUCCUUAUGCCUACAUAAAGCUCACGUUCAGUAGAAUAAGACAUGUAAUAAACCUUAACUGCACACUAUCAAUGCAAGCAAUUCGUUUGUCCCUGUGUACAUCUCUGUAUUCAUCAAAAGUUUGUUGACUCUAGAGAAUUCUUUUUAGAUAUAGAAACUGUAACUCACAAUCUGGAAAUAUGUAAAACAGUGUUUACUAUAAGCAUUUUACAAAGAGCAAAAUAUAUGGUGUUAAAGAUCUGUUGUUUUAACCUGUUUACCAUGUGCCCGUAAUAAAGAAAAAUAGUAAGGCCACCAGCCUGUGUUAAUGUGUCUCCAAUAAUGCUCUUUACUGACGGAUGUGUGAGGUGGCCUUUAGAAACUUCCAUUUUCACAGGAUUUCAUUUUGAGUAUAAAAAUCUGUAGGUUAGGUUAAAAUUGGAAGUUUGUAUUGAGAACUUUUGUUGACAUCUAUUUCCAAAGAUAUCUCAUUGACCAUUUAGAUUAUAAACUUUGUCUCCCUGGCUGUUUUAUAUAUGCUGCAAUACUUAAUAACUGGAAUAUUAGCAUACGGCUUAUUUUUUUGAUCUGUCUCUUUUGAAAUUUUUUAUUUUGUGUUAUUUAAAACAUUGCCUAUUCAAGUGGGUUACUGUAUCUUUAUGCACAUAAAUUUGUAUAUUAAUUUGUAGGAAAUACCUUUUAAAAUAUAUUUCCUUAUUAUAAGGUGCUUUGUUUCAUCAGGAAAAAAUUUGCUUCAAUUAUUAGUAAGAAAGAUACUUUCGGAGUUUCUUUUUUAAGAGCUAUAGUUGACAGGUCUGUAAGUGUUGCACAGUACUUUUCGGAGUUGUUUUUAGAUCUAAGGCACUCAAUUCACAAGAGGAAAUCAUCGAUGUGAGAAGAAUAUUUGAAUUCUAUAAUUAAUAGAUACUGUGUUUAGCAUCUGUUUUUGCCGUUUCCAUUCAUAUGUGUACUCAGUUGUAUCAGUUGAUCUCACUUAGAAGGCUUAAAAGUUUGGCAUUUGAAAUUAAUGCAUGUUCCAAGAGAUUGAUUUUGAAAGAAAACUGAGAUUAUGUUAUGAUUUCAUCUGUGUUGUGAAAGAUAUUUAUUUUGUUGGUGCUUUUUCCCCCAACGCACAAAUAAUUAUGAACCACGUGAAAUGACUUAAACUGAAAACUAAACUGUUCAAACUCAUAAGAAUUCUGUGCAUUGCCGGUGAGAAAUUUAAAUUGCUAAAGAUUUAGCUUAAAGCAUAUGUUUAGAAAAAUUAGUUAAUUCUCAUAGGACUGUAAUUAUUCAGGCUCUUUAGAAGCCUCCUAAUAACAAAUCAUAUCUAAACUACUUUGAUAAAUGUGUUACAUGUUAGUUUUAAUAGAUACCUGAUGUAAACGUUGCAAAUUAAUAGUUGCAGAAUUAUAUAAACUUCACAUGAAUGUAAGUGUAUAUGGAGAUAUUGUCAGCAGUUGAAUGUACCUGAGCUUUCUAUAUGUGAGAAUGUCAAUGGCUCAUUGUAGGACUAUGGAAAGUUGUAUUUUUUAAGUGAAACUGAAUUAAAAUAUUUUAUUUCCAGAA